AUGACGACGACGAGAGCAGCAGCGGCGGCGUUAUUUUGUGCCAACACUAGGAAUAGGAGCAGUAAAAGCGGUGUGAAAAGCUUUUUGUUUUUUGGGGGAAAGAAGAGGAGCAGCUUUUGCGGGAAACAUCAUCACUCUCGUUUUCGAUAUCUUUCAAAAUCUUCGUAUUCUUCUCUCGGGACGGAGGAAGGAUGGAUGCGAGGUAAACGACGCAAGGACAACAACAACGACGAGAACAAUAAUUCGUCGUCGUCCUUAGAUGCAAUCGUAGUCGUAGCCGGUGGAUUUACUCCAGAUAAUUUGUGGCUUCCCGAGUGGGUCCUGGAGCGUUUGGACUAUUGCGCAGAGGCGCAUAAAAAAGCGAACGAGAAAGCGUACAUAUGCAUAGCCGGAUCGGCGACGCCGCAUAAACCACCUCCGUUACAAAAAGGAGGAUUUAUUUAUCACGAAUCGACGAUGAUGGCAGAAUAUUUAAUCGAUACGCACGACGUCCAUCCCGGGAAGAUUUUGAAGGAUACGUCGAGCAUGGAUACCAUCGGUAACGCGUAUUUUACCAGGUACGUGCACGCUAUUCCGAGGGGGUGGAAAAACGUAGAGGUGGUGACGUCUAAGUUUCACAUGCGACGAGUGAAAGCGGCGUUUGAGUGGGUGUGGGGGAUGCCUUUAGAAGGGAAUGGUGAUGAGGACACGCAAAUCCGAUUCGUUUCGACGAGAGAUUCGGGAUUGUCCAAGGAAACUUUAAUAGCCAGAGAGGAGAGGGAAAUCGAAUCCGAGAAGCAGUUGAGAGAAAAUGCGAAAAUGUACGACACGCCGGAUAAAUUCGCCGAGUGGAUGUUUACGACGCACAAGUGUUACGCGGUCACGCGUCAGCACGAGAUUGGAGAUUUUGAGGCGGUUAAGAAGGAGCUCGGCUCAAACGCGGAAAAGUUAGGAUAUUAG